AGUACAAACAACUUUUCGCCGUACCACAGUUUUCUAGAUCGAAACUUCGUUACUGAAUAAACAUUUUCAAGAAGUUCUCAUCUAUGUGUGUCUGGUAGAAGAGAGUGUUUCCCUAACCUAAUUGCCUUUGGAUUUGUCAUUCUUCGAGUUACCUAUCCUUUGCUUAAGUACAUCCCGCUUCGAGUAACUUUUCCUUUUGUUCAGCUCACAUUUCGAUCUAGCCUUCCAAGGACUGUUCAAAAGUUAAACCCUCGAUAUGGAUCCAAUUAUUCCGCUCCAUCAGGACCCCCUGAAUGGAGAUGCCACAUUUCCGCUCCAUCAGGACCCCCUGAAUGGAGACACCUCCGAGACUCCACACCAGGAACCUCAGAGAACCACUCUGCUCCAUCAGGACCCCCUGAAUGGAGACACCUCCGAGACUCUACACCAGGAACCUCAGAGAACCACUCCGCUCCAUCAGGACCCCCUGAAUGGAGACAACUCCGAGACUCUACACCAGGAACCUCAGAGAACCACUCCGCUCCAUCAGGACCCCCUGAAUGGAGACAACUCCGAGACUCCACACCAGGAAUAUACCCCCCCAAAUACUAACAAACUCCCUCAACCUCCUCCCAACCACCCCAUCCUGAUCAUCACUGCUGCUUUCAAGCGGGCCAUCAUGCAGAAGGACAUCACCUUACUGGAGGCCUAUAUCAUACAAUACCUCCACCAACUGAAGACGAACGUUGAAUUCCGGGCAUACGACUGCCCCAACCUAAAUGCAUCUUACCUGACCGCCAAGAGAAUCCUGACCUCUCUCACUGCCUCAUUCACCCCUCUACCCACCUCUCCCCCUCUCACCAAACAAGCUCCAACACCUUCCGCAAGCUUUAAGCCCCAUCAGGACCCCCUGAAUGGAGACACCACAUUUCAGCUCCAUCAGGAACCCCUGAAGGGAGACAUCUCCGGGACUCCAAACCAGAAACCUCAGAGCAAUACUCCGCUAUAUCAGGACCCCCCGAAUGGAGACACCUCCGAGACUCCACACCAGGAAUAUACCUCCCCCCCUUCCCCUCCUGACCAUCCCAUCCGGACCUUCACCAAAUGGUUCCUGGAAGCAACCAAGAAGAAUAACGCCCUCGACAUAAGAGCCAUCAAUCAGCUGUUCAUCACCAUCUCCAGGAAUGACACGGACUUUGUGAGGUACGACUGCGCCGCCCUCUGCUACGCCCGAAGAACCGCCAUAGAUCUCCUGAACUCCCAUACCAACAUGACCGCUCCUCCUUCCAACCAUGAUCCUCCAACCAAUCCAGUCUCACUCACCAAUCCAGGACCUCCAACAGAACCUGAUCUGGCUGCCAAUCCAGCCUCUCCUCUCAAACCAGAUCCCCCAAACAACCUGGAACCUCCAACCAAACCUGAUCCGCCCACCUAUCCAAUGCCUCCCUCCAACUCUAAUCCUCCAACCAAUACAGCCUCUCCGCUCAAACCAGAUCCUCCAUACAAUCUGGAGAACCCUGCCGAACCUGAUCCACCCACCCAUUCAAUCCCUUCUUCCAACGCUGAUCCUCCAACCAAUCCAGCCUCUCCACUAAAUCCAGAUCCUACAAACAGCCUGAAACCCCCAACCGAACCUGAUCCGCCCACCUAUCCAAUCCCUCCUCCCAACCCUGACCCUCCUACCGAUACAGGACCUCCAACAGGAUCGGAUCCUGCUGCCACUCCAGCCUUCCCGCUAAAACCGGAUUCUCUAUUUGUACCUGAUCCGUCUACAACCACUGUUCCUCCACUCAACUCUGAUCCUCCUAUGAACCAGUUAUUCCCAUUCCUCGGCGUAGAAAAGCAGCUCCCUCAGGAAAUAAUCCACGGACUAGCAGAAGUCUCUGUAGCUGAGGAUCUAGCUCCAGACAAUUCAACUCAACAUCUCCCAGCUCAAGACGAGUGCUACACNCUGCUAAACCUACAAAACCUAGAGUUCCUAUACCUUUUAAGUCUUUGUUCAAUUCUCAAUGAUACCACUGUAUUCAUCUAUCUAGCCAUCUAUCUAGGACGGUAUAGAUGUGAGGUUAGCAGUGAAGCUCCGAUGUUCUCUACUAAGAGUGGGUUCGGAGAUCUUCUAGUUCUUGUUCUACCAUCCUCUCCUCCUGUUAUCCAAGGUGGACGAGGAGAUUAUGCUCCGGGAGAUUUUGUCCAACUAAACUGUACCUCAUCGGAGUCAAAACCUGCAGCAGAUCUUACCUGGUUUAUCAAUGAUAGUAGAGCAGAUCCUUCCUACGUAGUUCCUCAUCCAGAUCCGUCCUAA